AUGGAUGUGAAUGGUACUGCUUCUUCAUUAUUUAGAAGUCAAAAGGGUGUUAAACAGGGGGAUCCAAUAUCUCCAUUUCUAUUCAUAAUGGUGGUGGAGGUGCUUUCUGUAAUGAUAAAAAGAACAUCUCACAUGAAUCUAAUUUUAGGUUUUAAGUCUGCUGCUGAUGCUAGUGCCAUACAUCAUCUAGAAUUUGUAGAUAACUUAAUUGUCUUCUUGGAUGAUCAGGUGGAGGAAAUUCAAAAUUUAAAGAAUAUUCUUUUGAGUUUUGAACUGGUUUCUGGUUUGAAGGUCAACUUCAAGAAAAGUGCAAUUGUGGCUGUUGGUAAUGCUGUAAAUAUUGAGGCUAAUGCAAUAAUUUUUGGAUGUCCAAUUACUACGCUUCCUAUGAAGUAUUUAGGUAUCCCUUUAGGUAGUAAAUCAAAAUCAGUUGAAGUUUGGGAUGUUAUUAUUCAAAGGUUUCAAUAG